UCCUGCCGAAUAACGAAGGACAUUGACGAUCGAUGAGCGACAGCGAGUGCAAGAAGCCAAAAAUGUCGAGUACUUUGGAUCAGCUGAAGUCGAUGACGACCGUCGUCGCGGACACCGGGGACUUCGAGGUUAUGGAGCAAUUCAGGCCUACGGAUGCCACGACUAAUCCUUCCCUGAUAUUAGCGGCAGCCAAUCAAAAGAAAUACGCACAUUUAAUCGACAAGGCAGUACAUUUUGGUAAAAAAACUGAAUCGCUGCUUGCGGAUCAAGUCGAGGCUGCAUUGGAUUACACAUGCGUAUUGUUUGGUCAGGAGAUAUUGAAGAUUAUUCCUGGCAGGGUUUCAACCGAAGUUGACGCUCGUUUAUCAUUCGAUAAGGAAGGUAGUAUUGAAAAGGCAAAAAAGCUUAUUUCAAUCUACGAAGAGGCUGGUAUUAGCAAGGAACGGAUUCUGAUUAAACUCGCUUCUACUUGGGAGGGAAUCCAAGCAGCCAAAGAGCUUGAAGAAACAUAUGGAAUACAUUGUAAUUUAACGCUUCUCUUUUCAUUCGCACAAGCUGUAGCUUGUGCCGAAGCCGGAGUUACUCUCAUUUCUCCCUUUGUCGGUAGAAUCCUUGAUUGGUAUGUUGCCAAUACCGAUAAAAAAAGCUACGAGGGAAAAGAAGAUCCGGGUGUAAUUUCUGUAACAAAAAUAUACAAUUAUUACAAAAAAUUUGGCUAUAAGACAGUUGUUAUGGGUGCAUCCUUUAGAAACAUUGGUGAGAUAAAAGCACUCGCAGGAUGCGAUUUCUUAACCAUUAGCCCAAAACUUUUGGAAGAAUUGGAGGCAAGUACCGAGUCGCUUCCCAAGACUUUGACAAGAACCUUGGCAGAAAAUUCUGAAUUAGAGAAAAUGAGUUUCGACGAAGCGACGUUUAGAUGGCAUUUAAACGAGGACCAAAUGGCCAGCGACAAACUUAGCGAAGGCAUUCGUAAAUUUGCCAUAGAUGUACGUAAGCUGGAGCAGCUCUUGAAGGAAAAAAUUCAAGCUUAAGUGCACAACAUAUUCUUCUACCAACGAGCCAUAU